CUGGGAGACUGGCUAGGGGAGCCUCCCUCGAAGUGGGUUGGCGUCGGCCUCCCAGUCUCUCAGCCUUGGCCCAGUAUGGGCGGAGAGGACCAGGGAGCUUCUCCCUCGCUGCCUUGUGGCGAGUUCCAAGUGAUCUGAAUCCCGGCCUCACGGGACGGGCCGCGGGCCCUGUCAACCUCGGCCUGGAAAAGGUGCGUUCCCCGCCUCGCUGUCCCUUCGCGGCGCGCGGAGCGGUGCCGAACCGCGGGGUCUAGUCCAUGUGGGCGCGCAGUCGACGGGGGCCGAGCGGGGCCGAGCGGAACUGAGCGGACACAGCUGAGAGGGACCGAGCGGAACGGAGCGUAACCUAGCGGGGAGAUGCGAAGGGGCCGAGAGGAACGGAACAAGCGUCGGACGAGCGGGGCCGAGUGGGGCCGAACUGGGCCGAACGGGGCCGAGUGGGGCCGAACGGAGCCGAGCGGGCUGAGUCGAACACAGUCGAGCGGGGCCGAGCGGGCUGAGUCGAACACAGCCGGGCGGGGCCGAGCCGUACCGAGCAGCCCUGCGCCGCCUCUUGGGUUGGCCGACGCCAUGAAGCGGGACCGGCUCGGCCGCUUCCUGUCUCCGGGGCCGGCCCGGCAGCGCGGGGGCGCGGGCGGCGGUCGCGCGCGGGGUCGUCUCGCCCGUGGCGAAGGCGCGGAGACCUUGACGGCGGCGCGGCUCGGCUGGAGCUCGGCGCGGGCCUGCGGGGACCCGGUCGAGGACGGCGCGGACGAGGCAGGAACAGGCCGGGCUCUUGCCAUGGGGCACUGUCGUCUCUGCCAUGGGAAGUUUUCCUCACGGAGUCUCCGAAGCAUCUCUGACAGGGCGUCUGGGGACAGCCCAGAGAAACCUUCCCCAGGAGACCGUGUCUUCAUCAGGGACUUCCAGCACUUGCUGGGUGUGGCUGUGCACCAGGACUCAUCCUUGUCCCAGUUUGUCUGCAAGAGCUGCCAUGCCCAGUUCUACCAGUGCCACAGCCUGCUCAGGUCCUUCUUGCAGAGGGUCAACGUGUGCCCGACAGGCCAGCGGAAGUCUUGUACAAAGGUCGGUGCUCAGCCCCCCACAGUGGCGGAGGAGGGAGUGUGUCUGGUGGAUCUGAUCACCUCGACUCCCCGGUGCCUGCAUGGCUUAGUGGGGUGGGUGCACGGACAUGCGGCCAGCUGUGGGGCCCUGCCCAGCCUUCAGAGAACACUGUCCUCCGAGUACUGCGGCAUCAUCCAGGCGGUGUGGGCCUGCGAUCAGGGCCACGACUACACCAUGGACACCGAUUCCAGCUGCAGAGCCCUCUUACUGGACAAUGCAUUGGCAGUCAAAUGGCCAUGGGACAAGGAGAUGGCACCACGGCUCAUCCAGAACCUGGGGUCUGACCCUGCUGGGGCUGCACCCCAGCUGUCCCAAGGCAGAGGAACCACGGCUGGGGCUGAGACCAAGAUGCUGCCCAAUGUGGAUGCAGCCCCAUCUUCAGAUGGCAGCUCUGUGGGGCCCAGGCCAGGCCCCCCACCUCGGCCAAGCCUCCCUCAAAAUGAGGCCCCAGGGCAAUUGGGUGAGAAGCAGGUUCCAUCUUCAACUUCGGAUGAUCGGGUAAAAGACGAGUUCAGUGACCUUUCUGAGGGAGACUUCCUGAGUGAAGAUGAAAAUGGCAAGAAGCAAAAUGCACAGUCUUCGGACGAGUCCUUUGAGCCUUACCCAGAAAAGAAGGUCUCUGGGAAGAAAAGUGAAAGCAAAGAAGCCAAGAAGACUGAAGAACCAAAAAUGCGGAAAAAACCUGGGCCUAAGCCUGGAUGGAAAAAAAAGCUCCGCUGCGAGAGGGAGGAGCUGCCCACCAUCUAUAAGUGUCCUUACCAGGGCUGCACGGCUGUGUACCGUGGGGCUGACGGCAUGAAGAAGCACAUCAAGGAGCAUCACGAGGAGGUUCGGGAAAGGCCCUGUCCCCACCCUGGCUGCAACAAGGUGUUCAUGAUUGACCGCUACCUGCAACGCCACGUGAAACUUAUCCACACAGAGGUGCGCAACUAUAUCUGUGACGAGUGUGGGCAGACCUUCAAGCAGCGGAAGCACCUUCUUGUCCAUCAGAUGCGCCACUCAGGAGCCAAACCACUGCAGUGUGAAGUCUGUGGCUUCCAGUGCAGGCAGCGGGCAUCCCUCAAGUACCAUAUGACCAAGCACAAGGCAGAGACUGAGCUGGAUUUCGCUUGCGAUCAAUGCGGCCGACGGUUCGAGAAGGCGCACAACCUCAAUGUGCACAUGUCCAUGGUCCACCCUCUGACACAGACCCAAGACAAGGCCCUGCCCUUGGAGGUGGAGCCACCUCCUGGAGCCCGGAGCCCUUCUGGGACCACGGAGGGCCAGGCAGUGAAGCCAGAGCCCACCUGAGGACUGCAAAUGGGACAGCAGGCAGGUCGAGCAGUGUGAACUCAGGUGGGAUGUGGGGUUUCCCUGCUGCUUGCUCGGGCUGCACCCACUCCAUGGUGCAGGUGAGUGUGGCAUGUACUCCAAGUCGCCUUUCUGCUUUGGGACCAGCUGUUUCCUUCCCUACAACACUGAGCGACUUGGGGCCAGACAGAUUAUGAAUAAUUGAUUCCUUUUCCCAAUUAAAGCAAUUAAGAAGAUCUGUAA